GGGGAUUUGGACUCAAACAGCGACCUUUGUCAUUUGAUCUGCUCCAUAUACCAGGCUUCACUAUACGGCCUAGGGGACAAGGGAAGAAAAGAAACUGUGCGCUUGAUAUCAAUGUUCAUUUUUUUUUUGCAAGCAUAUCAGCUGGCUUGCAGAUGUAGUUGUGCAGUUGGUACACCAUAUCAGUUUCUUUUUUUGGGAUGCAGGCCCAAGUGCAGGUGAUAGACAGACGGACCACAAACGUGGGAUCAUGGCGCGAACAAAGUCGCAAGCUGUGGCAGCAAAGCCAUCAGCCAAAGGAAAAGCAAAAGCUGUUGCCAAACCAUCGCCAAAGGUAAAGACGGCUGCAAAAUCAAAGGCAGCAGCAGCAAGAUCAACAGACCUUUCACCAUGUUCUGUGCCUAAGAAACGGGCCAGAAAAAUGACAGAUGACAAUCCAUUCGAACGAUCUCCGCCACCAAAUCAGCAGACAGUUACGAGCUUCUUCCAAUCACAACAGCAAGCAUCAUCUCAGGCAUCUCAGCCUCAAUCAUCAGGGGUGAACCCAAAGUCUUCCUCAUCGCCAGAACCAGUGGAAAGCUCAGUGCCAGCAACAUCGGUUGAACACACGCAAGCCACUGCACCUGAGACGAUGCCAUCCACUUCAAGACCUUCAGCAUCAUCCACUGGUGAGUUACCAUCUCCAGCUGCUCAGAGAAUUGACCAAGAUGAGCUUCUUGCUAUCAAGAAACACGAGCGCUUCAGAGCCUUUUUGUGGGACAUGGAAAACAAUGAAGCUUAUUUUCCAUUCGAAGAUCCAGCGACCUACCACUUCGACAAGACCAAAUUCAAUGAAUGGUUCUCAGGUCAUCCAGAUCAAACAACACGAACUGUUCGCUACGUUUAUAGAGGAAACAAGCCAAGAAUUUUUUGGUGAUGAUGAGUGGCUCUUUGGUGAUACAGUUCAUAGCGAUAUUGAGGCUGAUGUCCAACUUUGGAAUGACUGGAUUGCUAAAAGGCAAACCAAAGAAGAUGCUACUGAACACACAGGCAAUCCAGCCGAACCACGUGCAGCUGAAUAUACACCAGCAGCUGUCGAACCACAUACAUCAGCUGAAGCAACCUUAGCAGUUGAGGCAAUGCCAGCACCUCAAGCAAACACAGCUCACGCAGAUUCAGCUGAAGUUACGGCUACAGCUGUUGAAUCACAUCAGGAGCAUGCAUCACCUCAAGCAAACACAGCUCAAGCAGAUUCAGCUAAAGUUACGGCUACAGCUGUUGAAUCACAUCAGGAGCAUGCAUCACCUCAACCAGCUACAUCAAACCCUGAGAUCAUCAUCCAGAAGAUCCAAGGACAUGAGAUGUUUUCCAAGUUCAUGCAGCAGCGACAACGGAGCUGGAUCUUUGGUGACAUCAAGAAUGAAUUUAUUUCCAAAGACAUUUGGGACUUUGAUGAGUUUCUUUCCAGCCAUGGCAUGGAGCGUUUUGGAGAUAAUGAAUUUCUCAGGCAUUUGAACGAGAUCGAACACGAAACAUCACAAGCCGUGUCUGGUGAUGGUGACUUAGCUACCCAAGAGUGUCCCAUGGUUGUGGACACUUCUGAUGGCCACGAUGAAGCGCUGCCAUGCAUUGAUGAAAUGGAUGUGGACGAUCAGGAAGCGGGACAUGAACGAGGACCUGGUGAUUAUCUUGAGAUCGAUCAUGAGGAUAUCUUGUUAUCGGUGGCGAAGGCUCAAAUCAAAGCUGCUUUACAAAUUCCUGGACUGCGGAAUCGAAUGAUGAAUCUGCCGCGCAUCUGGUCUUUGGCCACAACAUGUACGGGGUCUGGCGGGUUUGAACUUGCGGCUAGAGCUGUAGCCAAAGAACUCACAAGGGCCUUAACAACCUUUGCUGAUCAUGCAAGUUUUGAGGUCCAGCUCGAGAUGGCUUGCGAGAUUGAGAAGUUCAAACAGCAGCUGCUCAUCAACCAUGUCUUACCUCCUGACUGUUGUCUUUUCCAAGAUGUCACAUGCUUGAAAACGAAAGAGCGGACAUGUGUUCGACAUGGCUCUGGCUUCGAACUUCCGAAAGAUCUCUUUGGCUUCGUGAGCGGGUUCAGCUGCAAGUCACUGUCAAAGCUACAAAACUCUCAGGAUUUGAAAAAGGCAAUCAUUGAGCGCAAUCAGGAAAGUUCUUCAUUCCAGACAUUUUGCGGGAACCUAGACGUUCUAGAUGAAUGUCGCCCGUUGUGGUUCCUCAUGGAGAAUGUCGACAUGGGAGAUCCUGCUGAUGACAACUCAAACAGUGCGGCUAUUCAGAAACUCUUACGCGAGUCGGGAUAUACUGUGCGUAUGGUGCUUCUCAAAGCUUCUGAUUUUGCCCUACCACAACGGCGAAAGCGAUUGUUUCUGAUCGGUGUCAGCAAUCAACGAGCACAGGACGAGAUGAAGUCCACACCAGAUGAGAUCUUGGAUCGUGUGGUCAAUGUGUGCUUGCCAGCCAUGCGACUAUCACCACCAGAUGUUGAUAUCUUUCUGUUGAACGACGAUGACCCCGAUGUCUUUGCAGAGCUAGAUCGGCGAACAAAGUCACGAGAGAAGAAGAAACAAGAUUUAGAGAAACGCAUGCAGGAACAACCAGCCGAAUCUGCGCAGGCGAAGGGAGAGAAAUGGAAGGACUUGCAUAUGCAGAUUGCUGCAUCACGGAACAUGCAGUGGCCAAUCAAAAUUCCACAUGAUCUUCGUGACAAUGACUGGUUCAAAACAUUACCAUUGCGGGAGCAGGAGAUCGUGGCAUUGGUGAACGCCUCGAACGAAAACAAAGAGCCCUAUGAGAAGAUUCGUUUUGCUGACCUAUAUCAUAGUGCAAACCGGACACCUGUGAGCCAGCGAAAUGUUGUUCCUACUGUCCUUCCAUCGGGUACAGUUUGGGACUAUGAGCGCGAUCGACUCCAUCUUGGCUGUGAGCAAUUGGCUCUGCAAGGCAUUCAAUAUGCCAGUGGGGUCACAUCAGCUUUGUCAAACAACCAGCAGCAAGAUCUAGCGGGAAACGCGUUCCCAACGACAAUCGUGAGUGCUAUUCUGAUUUCGAUUGUGAGCUCUCUUGACUAUGUUUCAGAUGAUGAGACCGAGAUGCUUGACGGUAUCAGCGAAUUGCUCAAACGGUUGAAAUGAAAGGUUGUUCAACGGCCCAAAGAAUGGUUGCAGGGAAGCUAGUACAGUGGCAUAGCGCUUCCUGGCAACGCCUUGGAAAAGCAGCUGCGAUCAUGGAUGAUUCUACC